ACCUGCCUGCGCGCCUCCUCCUCCUCCCCCUCCCCAGAAACCCAACUCCAACCCCUCCGUUUCCAGAUCCCUCCGCCAUCUGCCGCCCCAGAUCCCGAUCCGCCGGCCCGCCGCCGCCCCGGCCGCGGCCAUGGCGGCCGAUCCCCUGCUCCCGCUCCUCGCGGGCGCGCUGCUACUGCUAGUCGCCACCCCGGCCGCGGGGGCCGCCGCGUCGUGCCCGCACACCAACCUGACGGCCAACUUCUCCGCCGACCUCACCAUGCUGCAGCACCAGCUCCGCGGCACGGUGCGUCUGGCCGCCAACGGCACCUGCGCGCUCGAGCUCGCCCGCUUCGACCUCCUCGCCGCCUCCCCCUCCGCGCGCUUCUGGGCCGCCGACGGGCCCUCCAUGGCCGACCUCGCCGCCGGCCGCGCCUUCUCGCCGCUCCCGCUCAACCGCACCUUCCGGAACGCCUCCCUCGAGCUCCCCUUCGCCCGCCCGCUCCCGCGCCUCCUCGCGCUCUACGACCCGGACACCUCCUCCGACUUCGGCCACGUCUUCCUCCCCAACGGCACCGGCCCCGAGCUCGGUACCUCCGCCGCCGUCGCCGCCGAGAGGGCGCCCACCAUGUUCGACAACUGCAUCCCCCUCUCGGAGACGGAGACCUACCGCCUCCGCUGGACGCUCAACGCCUCCGCCGGCACCGUCGAUAUCGGCCUCGAGGCGGCCAUCGGCUCCGAGUACUACAUGGCAUUCGGGUGGGCGGAUCCCAAGGCCAACUCCCCCGCCAUGAUCCACGCCGAUGUAGUUGUCGCCGGCUUCACAGAGGAAGGUACGCCAUUUGCCGAGGACUACUACAUAAGCGACUACACCGAGUGCACCCUGGGGAAGGAUGACUCGCCGGUGUCUGGGGUUUGCCCAGAUAAGGUAUAUGAGGACGGGAAGAACGAUUCAAUCCUGGUGUAUGGGCACCGGCGGGAUGGAGUGUCCUUCGUGAGGUAUGUUAGGAAGCUUGAUUCUGAGGAUGCCAAGUAUGACGUGCCAGUGGGUGCUGCGGAGGAGAUGGACGUGCUUUGGGCCUUUGGGAAGCUGCGGCCGCCGGACACGCUGCGGCAGCACUACCUCCCUCAAAGCCAUGGGGGGCCAAGGGACACCACCUAUGGGUUUGUCCGGUUGAAUUUAUCGGAGACAGUGGACACUUGCCUUGGACCAUUGGACGCAGACAAUAAGGAGGAUCAGGAGAGGAUUAUCGCAGAUAGGAAAACACCACUUGUGGUGACAUCUGCUCCAGCGGUGCGCUACCCAAACCCACCAAACCCUGACAAGGUGCUUUACAUCAACAAGAAGGAGGCGCCGCUGCUGAAGGUCGAGAGGGGUGUGCCAGUGAAGUUCUCAGUGCAGGCUGGGCAUGAUGUGGCACUCUAUAUCACUUCAGAUCCGAUUGGUGGGAAUGCUACAUUGCGGAAUAAAACUGAGGUCAUAUAUGCUGGUGGGCCUAAUGCUCAUGGUGUACUAGCAACCCCAAAAGUGCUUGUUUGGCUGCCUGAUCGGAAUACACCUGAUCUAGUCUAUUAUCAGUCACUGUAUGAACAGAAGAUGGGAUGGAAGGUUCAAGUGGUUGAUGGAGGCCUUAGCGACAUGUAUAAUAACAGUGUUCUUUUAGAUGACCAACAGGUUACUUUGUUUUGGAGUCUGUCCCCGGAUUCUAUAUCUAUAGCAGCUCGUGGUGAGAAGAAAAGUGGGUACCUUGCUAUUGGGUUUGGGAGUGGGAUGGUGAAUAGCUACGCCUAUGUUGCUUGGGUCGGCAACGAUGGGGUUGGGCGAGUAAAAUCUUAUUGGAUUGAUGGAAAGAGUGCAGCAGGUAUCCACCCAACAUCUGAGAAUAUCACAUUUGUCCGGUGUAAGUCAGAAAAUGGCAUUAUUACAUUUGAAUUCACCCGCCCUCUUAAACCUUCCUGUACCGGAAAGGUAGAAUGCAAGAACAUCAUUGAUCCAACCACACCCCUUAAGGUUGUCUGGGCCAUGGGUGCAAGCUGGUCGGGAGAUGAUCUGACAGACAGUAACAUGCAUUCAGUCACAAGCAGUCGGCCUAUACGAGUUCUGUUGUUGAGAGGUUCGGCUGAGGCAGAACAGGAUUUGCGUCCUGUUCUGGCUGUUCAUGGGUUUAUGAUGUUUGUUGCCUGGGGCAUCUUGCUUCCCGGUGGAAUAAUGGCUGCCCGGUAUUUGAAGAGCUUGAAAGGUGAUGGGUGGUACCAAAUACAUGUCUACCUGCAGUAUUCAGGAAUUGCUAUAAUGUUUCUUGGCGUUCUUUUCGCUGCAGCUGAGCUCCGAGGCUUCUUUGUCAGCUCAGUGCAUGUUAAGUUUGGUGUGCUGGCCCUAUUAUUGGCAGUUUUGCAGCCACUAAAUGCUAAAUUCCGGCCUAGUAAACCAGCUAAUGGGGAGGUUCCAUCUCGGAAUCGGAUCCUGUGGGAGUACCUGCAUGUUAUCACAGGCAGGUCGGCGAUUAUCGUCGGAAUUGUGGCGCUUUUCACGGGAAUGAAGCAUUUAGGCCAUAGGUACGACAGUGAGAAUGUAGAGGAGCUCACUUGGGCCUUAAUGCUGUGGGUGCUUUCAGUUAUCGUUAUUGUGCUGAGCUUGGAAUAUAAGGAGGUCAAAAGAAUGAGCAGCAACAGAAGUGUCAGAGGGCACUGGGUACUAGGCAACACCGAGGAAGAUGAUUCGGUUGAUCUUUUGCAUCCUGACGGUACAGCCAGGAAUUCGGAUUCUAGUACUUCUGGUGUGAUGGAGGUGCAGCUUGAACCUCUCAAUAGAUGAUGUAGAUCAAAUCGGUCAGAUACAGAUACACCUGUUUAUUCUCUAUUCUGUUAUAUGGAUGGUGAGGUCCACCGGCAUGACAAUUUUCUGCUCGUUAGAAGUCUGGACUGGGGAGUUUUCAUGGUGGUUCCUACUACGGCAGAAUGGUUCCAGGCUAGACAAGAUGUUCAAAUUCUGUCCCAAUUUCAUGCAUUACAUUGUAUAGUGUACAUUCUUUUGACAAUAGACAGGUAUAAUUUGCCACAUUGCCCUAGUGAUUCUUUUUUACUAUUCAGAUUUAUAGAGGGAAAGAAUUAAUUGAGGUGCCCAUACGAUUCACAGCAGCAAUACAUGCGCCGAGUAUCCAAAGAUGCCAUGAAUUUUGUACCAUAUCCAUAUAUCUGAAGUCAUAUUUAUUCACUACCGGAAUGA